AUGGGGGACAGCCGGGGCAAGUUCGAUCUCUUCAAAACUCCAGUUAAAAACCCGGCGCGUAAGGGCUCGAGGGAGAGCAAGCUGCGUCUUCGGGUCAUCUUCCUGGAUGACAGCGACAAGAUUUUUGAAGUCGAACAACGGAUCCUGGGAAAUGACUUCUUCAACAAAGUGUGUGGAUACCUAAAGCUGCUGGAGAAGGAGUACUUUGGACUGGAGUUUCGUCACCAUAGCGGCAGCUAUGUGUGGUUGGAACUGCUUAAACCCCUGGCGAAGCAAGUUAAAUGUACCACUGACCUGACGUUUCGCUUCAUUGUCAAGUUCUUCCCCCCAGAUCCAGGGCAACUUCAAAAGGGCCUCACCAGGUAUCUGUUUGCACUGCAGAUCAAGCAGGAUCUGUCCAAUGGGAGCCUCACGUGUAACGACAACAGCGCCGCCCUGCUGGUGUCCCAUAUACUGCAGUCCGAGCUGGGAGACUACGAUGAGGAGCUGGAUGCCCAACACCUGCAGAACAACCAGUACGUCCCAAACCAGGAGUACCUGGACCACAGGAUCAUCAGUUUCCACAAGCGGCACAGGGCGCAGACCCCGUCGGAGUCGGACACGCAGCUGCUGGAGGUGGCGCGCAAGCUGGACAUGUACGGCAUCCGCCCGCACGCGGCGAGCGACGGGGAGGGCAUGCGCAUCAACCUGGCCGUCACGCACAUGGGCGUGCUGGUCUUCCAGGGCAACACCAAGAUCAACACCUUCAGCUGGGCCAAAGUGCGCAAGCUGAGCUUUAAGAGGAAGCACUUCUUAAUAAAACUCCAUGCCAAGAUCGUGCCCUCUCGCAGGGACACGGUGGUGUUCACCAUGGCUAGCCGGGACGUAUGCAAGGCCUUCUGGAGGAUGUGUGUGGAGUACCAUGCCUUCUUCCGCCUCACGGAGGAGCCAAAGUCCCACCACAAGUCCCUGCUCUCCAGCAAGGGCUCCAGCUUCAGAUUCAGUGGCAGAACACAGAAGCAGCUCCUUGACUCUUUGGUAAAGGGAGAGAAGAAAAAUACAUCCUUUGAAAGGAAGUACUGCAAGACAGACUUUGAUGCGCGGCAUUGCAGGUCCUCUCCUGACCUCCUCACCGAUGUCUCCAAACAGCUGUAUGAGGACUGUGUGCUCCCUCACGCUGGCUGUGCUCAGAGGUGCUGUGAUCAUGAUGGGGACCCCCCGGCUCUGAGGGGGAGGCGCAGCAAGUCUGCGGUGGAGGUGGUGUUCCCGCACCCCAGCCCCCUGACGAAAACCCGCUCCCCUCCCCCCUCCGCCUCCUCCUCGUACCCCGGGCCGGGGCUCCAGGUGCGGGGGGCGCAGAGGCCCAAAGUGCGGCCGCGGGCGGGGCAGUGCCGGGCCAGCGCGGGGCUGGCCGAGGGCCCCCACGGCCUGGUCCUCCUGUACCCCAACAACCCCCACCUGGCGCUGCACCCCGUCCUGCCCGCCUUCCCGCUGGCCGCGCCCGUCUUCGUGCCCGGCGGGGGCGGGCCCGCGUCCCAGGAGAGGCUGCACCGCCACCACCCGGCGCCCCCCUCCGACGACGUGGUCCGGUCCUCCAGCUUCUCCAGCCCGUCCUCGCUGUCCCCGCUGCGGCGGCACCGGCCCCGGGCCAACGGGCCGGGCCUGGGCGUGGCGGGGGUGGGCCUGUGCCAGGGCGGGCGGGCCUCCGGGUACGGCAGCCAGUCGGACUUCGGCAGGGCGGAGGUGGGCCACUUCAGCGAUGACUCCAGCUACCAGGCGGGCCUGCCCGGCCGCUGCCGCAGCCAGUCCGACGUCAAGUCGCUGCGGCCCCCCACGGCCGCGUACGCCUCCGAGUUCCGGCCCCUGGGGCACUACCCGCACCUCUCCCGGCGCCAGGGCCCCGCCAGGCCCACCUACCUGCCCCUGGGGUCUGCCACGCUGCCAGACCGCCCCGCCUCCCUCUGCGUGCUGGGCGCUUCCGGAAGCUUCAGCGACUCUGACUCCGACGUGCUCUACCCUUACCCUUACUACUGCCCCGCGCUGGGGAGCCUGGUGCACGCGGGGCCCCUGGUGCGGAUGCGCCUCUCCUCGGGCAGCCUGCAGCUGGACGAGGAGGAAGAGGAGGAGGAGGAGGAGGAGGAAGAAGAGGAGGAGGGAGGGGAAGGUCCCUUCAACCUCAGUGACGGCGAGGGAGUCAGUCCCCGUGUCACAAUGCAGUGCUAA